AUGGCAACCCUGGUCGCUCAGAUCCCCGCCGUCACCAGCACCAUCCUUGCUGAGCCAUUAGCCUCUCCUCCGCCUCGUCUCCUCCUCGUCACUAGCGUCGUCCUCGUUAACCUCGUCACUAGCGUCGUCCUCCUCGCCGAUCUCCUCUGCAUCGUCACCAGUGUCGUCUUCUCUGCUCUCCUUCCUUGUGGUAUAGAGAGGAAAAUUGGAGCAUUACAAUUGGAAGAAAGGAAGCUUCUUGCUGAGAUAAAGAUAACUGCUAAGACGGGAAAUGAGGCUGCAACUAAAGUUCUUGCUCGACAGUUAGCAAGGCUUAGGCAGCAGAUUGCUAACCUUCAAGGUAGUCGAGCUCAGAUGAGAGGCAUAGCAACUCACACACAGGCUAUGCAUGCCCAUUCUUCUGUUGCUGCUAGUAUGCAAGGAGCUAGUAAGGCAAUGACAGCUAUGAAUAAGCAUGCUGAUAACUCUGAUUCCAAACUUCUACUGUGGAGAUCUAAGAUCUGGUUGAACUUGACUGAUUUUAUUUAA